AUGGAAAAGGUACUGGUUAUGGCUAGGACAGCUAGGCCACAUAUUUGUAGUGCUGGAGAAAUAUUUUGGGAUGGCAAAAUUGGUAUAUUUCCUUUCAUAGAACAAGUAGUAGCAAAGAAAAAUUCAAAGAACAGACAUGCAGGCACUGUUGAGACAAAGGCUUUACAAUCGAUAACUAAAUCUAUUAUCAGAUCCGUGUUAAUGAAAAAAUGCUUCUCAAAGUGGCCGUUAGGAGCUUGCAAGGAAAUAUGGAUACAGCAAGAUUAUGCUAGACCCCACAUUAGUCCAAAUGAUACAGAAUUUGUAGAAGUUGCAACAAAGGAUGAAUUACUACAGGCAAUUGAAAAUGCAUACAAUGCAUAUGAUCCGAAGUCUUUGAAUUACACUUGGUUGCACAUGCAAUACUGUAUGCUUGAAAUACUUCAAGUCAAUGGCGGAAAUGAUUACAAAAACCCUCACAAGGGAAAGAGAAGGUUAGAAAGAAUGGGACAAUUGCCCGUUCAAAUUGAAGUACCAUCGGAUAUGAUGCUUCAAGGUCAAAGUUUCAUUGAUGAGGGACAUACUGAUGUCAAUAAUACCCAAGAAGAUAGUAAUGAACACAAUAUGUCUCAAAGGAUUUAA